AUGCCUGCUAUUACAAAGGAUAAAUAUGUUACACGUGUUCAAACACCAGCUCGUAUUCAUCCAAGAUCUUUGGGUCCUAAUGAUGUUAAACGACUUGGUCCUAGUCAACGAAUAAAUGUAAAACGUACACAAACACAAUCAAUUCAAACUCAAACUGUACUUGCAUGUGUUAUUCUAAAUAAUGCAUACAAACAAAUAGAUGAAGCAACACAAACUAAUGAUGAUAUUGAUAAUGAUAAUCGAAGUGCAGUUAGCGGCAUUGCUUCACGUUUAAUCAAAUUUUUCGGUGGAAAGAUCGUCGCAUUAAUGAAAUUAUUUAAUGAUAUGAAAUAG